AUGGAGAGCAAGAUUGAGUUUAUAAAUUUGUCACAUCCUUCGCAAGGAGCUUCUUCCAAGUUACAACGCCGCGCGUACUCACAUGCCGCUCGGGUAUCUCAUGCCAGAGUGAAGCAUGCUCGGAAAGCCGCGAACCAGGCCAACAAUGUGGAACCGAGUAUUCCGCCUGUGAAGAAAGGUCAAGCCGGUGAAGCCACAGAGCGGAGGGACAACCAUUUGGUCAAGAUUGGACCCAAAAGGUGCCCUGUUGUGAUUCCCAACCCUGUCGGUCAGCUCACAUCUAGUCGGCGGGAUCCUUUUGGAUGCUUUGCUAGGCCACUUUCGCCGCUGGAGCACUACCUCUUUGACCAUUAUAUCACAAUAGUCACUACCCAGUAUGGAUCCAAGUGCAUGAUACUCAAGGAUCCAAGCAUCCACCACCACCAGCUCCGGAUAAGCUGGAUCCGGCUAGCCAUAUCCAACGCGGACCUGUUGAGCACUACAUUCUUAUCCACCUGCCGCCAUUUACAUCAAGUCUACCAGAAAGAGGAGUAUAUUACGUUGGCGAUGCAGUAUAGAAUCCUCUGCAUUCGCGCUAUUAGAGAGGCUAUUGAUGCUGGGAAUUGCUCGACGAGAGACUCGAUAACUGCCACCAUUAUAUCCUUGACAUUAGAUGAGAUACAAGCUGGCAAUAUCGCUGCAUCUAGGCAGCAUGUACGUGGGCUUGCAGAAAUAGUUCACUCUUCUGGAGGGCCGCAAACACUUGGUAUGAAUGGGUUGCUGAAGCACCUGUUUGAGAAGCUGGCAUACGACAUGGGGCUUCUUCUCGACGAAGAAGCAAGUCCAACUGGGCUCAUCGAUUAUGUCGCUCAAGGCGGGAUUAACAUGCCCAGUAUCGCUACCUAA